UAUUUUCAUUUAUUAUUGUUGGCUAGGGGUUAGGAAUGUGUGAGUGUAACAUUUGUAUUACAGCAAAACAUCAGAGAAUAAUAUUUAGCAAUAGCCUACUGUUAUUUUGAUGUAGAAUUAGUGACUGAAAGAGGCUUUGGGUGUGGAUUGGCAACGUGCGAAAGAGGUUUUUUAGCUUUGAUAAUACUUUCUGCUAUAUUAAAUCGAUUAAUGCAAAAAUACAUGCAACUAUGAUCCAUCUGUGAGUUGUUAUUGAGAUAGGCUACAUAUGUUUUUCUUUUAAUGAACGAUUAUUCUGUAAAUCGUCUUAAAUGAUUAAUAUAUUGGACGAAUAAUGGGGAGUGUGCGUGGGUACGUAUGAAUUUGUGUGCGUGUGUCACUCCCACUAAGUGACUGUGACUAGUACUAGGCUACAUAUUUUCGCGAGUAGGUAGGCCUAACGUACUAUUCAAAGCAAUUUCACAAUUCACAUUAGACGAUAAGAAAACUAAUAGGCAUAUCUACAGACAGCUUUCCCAGAAGACCCUAAACACAACACACGCCAGUUGAAGCCCCAGAAGAGGAAAGUGCUGCCAUGGCGAGCAGGCGGGCGUUAAAGGCGGUGCUAAUUGACCUAAGCGGGACACUCCAUGUAGAGGACUGUGCUGUUCCGGGGGCCCAGGAAGCGCUCCGCAGCAGGUUACGUCAGUCCUCAGUGGCCGUGAAGUUUGUGACCAACACCACCAAGGAGUGUAGGCGGAGCCUCUUGGAGCGGCUGCAGCGGCUGAACUUUGACCUGGAGGAGCGGGAGAUCUUCACCUCACUGAGCGCGGCACGUCGCCUGCUGGAGCAGAGGAGAGAGCGCCCCCUGCUGCUCGUGGAGGACAGCGCUCUGGAGGACUUCUCAGGUCUGGACACGUCCGAGCCCAACGCUGUGGUGAUAGGACUAGCACCCGAGCACUUCAACUACCAGACACUGAACAAGGCCUUCAGGCUGGUUCUGGAGGGCGCCUCCCUCAUAGCCAUUCACAAGGCCCGGUACUACCGCCGGCAGGACGGGCUGGCGCUGGGGCCCGGUCCGUUUGUGGCGGGACUAGAGUACGCCACGGAGCGGCAGGCGGAGGUGGUGGGCAAACCUGAGCAGAGCUUCUUCCUGGAGGCUCUCCGAGAGCUGGGCUGCAGUCCCGAGGACGCCAUCAUGAUAGGAGACGACGCACGGGACGAUGUUGGCGGUGCCCAGAAGGCUGGCAUGAUGGGAAUCCUUGUUAAAACUGGUAAAUACAGGGAGGGUGAUGAGAAGAUCUCCCCUCCUCCAUAUCUGACCUGUGAUGACUUUGUCCAGGCUGUAGACCACAUCCUUCAUCACCUGGUCUAGACGGCCAGCUCACUAUCAUCUGGCAUCAUCUAAGCCUCGAACUUUCCCUCCCUUUCAACUGCUUCCGUCCUGCGUCUGUCCUGCUUCGAACAAGCCCACCCUCUAGAAUACCAACUCACCUUCAACUCCAGGACAGCCCUCCUCAGAACCAGGUCCGUUCCACCUCCAGACCUGUCCUUCUCCAGUCAGCUAACCUCCACUUCCAGGACACCCGUCCUCCGGCCAGCGGAACAGUGCAACAUCUCAUAGAACCUUCGUCCCAGGGCAGCCAGCCUGAUGACUAGCUGCUAGCUGGUUCUGUUUGUGUGUUUGUCAUGAGAAAUGCAUCAUGUCUCAAACUACAAUAUUGCAUCAUGAACAUUUUAUUUUUGCGUUUUAAUAAAAUGACAAAACUGAGUGUUGCUCAUUGUGAUG